GUCACCUUGAAAAACACCAAAAGCAAUGUCGUUUUUAGUUGCGUCGUUGCUGACUAUGUAGAGGUUUUGUGCUGUGUGUGUCCUCAUCCUAAAGACCUUACCCUUCUUAAUUCUUGCUCUUAUCCUUCUCUUUCCCGACUAUUCUCCUCAGAAUCUUCAGAUCUGCUCUGAUUCACUCUCAGGUUUUUACUCUCUUCUUCAAUAUGUACUGUGAUUCUCCAUGGGGAGUGCAUCAUCGAUGUUAACUCAAUAUGACAUUGAAGAAGUCCAAGAACACUGCAACAAGCUAUUUUCCCAGCAAGAGAUAGUGUCAUUGUAUCAGAGAUUUUGCCAAUUGGAUCGCAACGCUAAGGGUUUCAUCUCUGCUGAUGAGUUCUUAUCAGUGCCAGAGUUUGCUAUGAACCCACUCUCUCAGAGGCUGCUUAAGAUGGUUGAUGGUUUGAACUUUAAGGACUUUGUCGCAUUCUUGUCGACAUUUAGUGCUAAAGCAAGUUUACAACAGAAAAUAGAACUUAUCUUCAAAGUUUAUGAUUCAGAUUGUAAUGGGAAGGUGACUUUCAAUGACAUAAUAGAAGUGCUGAAGGAUUUGACUGGCUCAUUCAUGUCUGAUAAACAAAGAGAGCAAGUCUUGAGCCAUGUACUGCAAGAAGCUGGUUACACUAGGGAAUCUUCCUUUUUGUUGGAGGACUUCAUUAAGGUUCUUGGCAGUUCCAGUAUCAAGAUGGAUGUAGAAAUCCCAGUCGACUGAGCUAAUUCCAUGACAUGACCCUACUGGAUUCAAUAUGAAACCGAGAGUGAACACUUUGGCAGCCUUUUUUAGAUCAAUUAUAUACAGAAAAAUGAAGACAUACACUUGUAUAAAUUUCUUCUCUCUGUUUUCCAGUCAACAAUAAAGUACAGGAACCUGUUUAUUCCAAUAAAAUCGUAGUGAUUCACCAUCAA